AUGAUCUAUACGGGUGCAGUUCUGCUCUCGCUGCUAGCCAUAGCUAUAAAGAACGGGUCAACGGCUGUUGCUCAGGUGGAAUGGGUAUCGAGUGAAGUGGCAUGCGGAGUUGGUCAAUUCUCGUGCGAUGGUCGUUGUGUACCGCUAAAAUGGAAAUGUGACGGUGAAACUGACUGUGCUGACGGUUCGGACGAGUUGUCCUUCUGCGCACGAUGUGGUUCGGACGAGUUUCGCUGCCAUUCAGGACGAUGUCUACCAAAGUCCUAUCUAUGCGAUGGCACUGCUGAUUGUGGUAUCAACGGUGUGGACGACAACUCAGAUGAAGAUCCAUCGAUAUGUAAGCUGAUCACUGCUGUUUCAUAUCUGACGGAACUGUUAUGUUAG